UAAACUUUUUCAUGUCAAUGAUUUUUUCGUUUUAAAACAAUAUAAUAUAUUUUCUCAACUGGACAUUUUUGGACAGAGUCACAGAGACAAUGGCUUAUAAUAUUCAAAAUAUUUUUGCUGCAUAUUCUUAUCCUCUUUCUUUUGCAAAUUCUCUCAUCUCAACUACAUGAACUCAUUAUAAUCAUCUUUCUACUAGAAGAUAGAGAGACAGAGAGUCAAACCUUGAACACUCACGUGGUUCUGUUGUUCUUAUUUUUGGUAUAUAGAAUACGACCCUGCAGUUAGUUCAUGCUAGAGUUUCUGUGUAGAAUGAUGAUACAAUUCGAAUCUUUUGUAGCUUUCCUAUUGGCCCCUCCUUUUGGUAGCUGCUACCUGACAAGAUAAUAACAAAUAGUAUCAAUUUUCUGUUGAGAGUUGGGAACCAGAAUCUUAUCAUUCCUUUAUUUUAUUUUAUAAGGGUGUGUUAGUUUCUUAUUAUUUGUCACAAAUUCUAGUGUUGAUUUGCAUUUCUUAAAUUUAAUCUAUUUGGUUGGAUAAGCCAGCAUCUUAUUAUCAAGGUCACAUCCUUAAUUAUUUUUUCUUUUUCUUUUCAUUUUUCACUUUAACUUGCUUAGUAGUUAAUAGUUAGUAGUAGAAAAUAGGUAGAUUCUAUGCAGUUCAUUUUUCACAACAUUUUUUAGUGAUUAGGUGUUGUAAGUAUUCAUCAACAGUGGAGUCACAUAUACAAAGAUGUGGUUGAAAUGGUGGGAGAAGAUUUUAGGGAAUGGUUACAAAAUCAAUCAACAGUACUAUCAGUAUAUUGGGUCAAAGAGAGUGAAGAGAGAGUUAUGGAGAAAGCUUUUGUUGACAUGGGUAUUGGGUUGGACUGUAGUGUCUUUGUGGAUCUUCUGCUUUAUGAGUUUACAAGCUACUGAGAAGAGGAAAGAAACUCUUGCUAGCAUGUGUGAUGAAAGGGCUAGGAUUGUUCAGGAUCAAUUUAAUGUUAGUAUGAACCAUAUUCAAGCUAUGUCUAUUUUGAUCUCAACUUUUCAUCAUGCUAAGAGUCCCUCAGCCAUUGAUCAGAGAACUUUUGCUAGCUACACAGAAAGAACAGCUUUUGAGAGGCCUCUAACAAGUGGUGUGGCAUAUGCUGUAAGAGUGCUUCAUUAUGAAAGGGAACAAUUUGAGAAGCAGCAAGGUUGGAUUAUUAAGAGAAUGGAUACUCUAGAGCAGAAUCCAGUUCAUAAGAACGAUUAUGCUGUAGAGGAAUUGGAGCCAUCCCCUCUUCAGGAAGAAUAUGCUCCUGUCAUAUUUGCACAAGAUACAAUUUCACAUGUCAUUUCUGUUGAUAUGCUUUCUGGAAAGGAAGACCGUGAUAAUGUGCUGCGUGCAAGAGAAUCAGGCAAAGGGGUUUUAACGGCACCCUUCAGGCUUCUCAAAUCAAAUCGGUUAGGUGUUAUCCUUACAUUUGCCGUCUACAAGAGAUAUCUUCCAUCAAAUGCAACCCCAAAUGAAAGGCUUCAAGCGACUAAUGGGUAUCUUGGUGGGGUAUUUGAUGUUGAGUCAUUAGUGGAGAAAUUACUUGAGCAACUUGCUAGCAAGGAAAGUGUAAUUGUUAAUGUAUAUGACACUACAAAUCAUACUCAUCCAAUUGCCAUGUAUGGCUCAAAUAUAUCAGGGGAUGUGUUCAAUCAUGUCAGCACUCUUAACUUUGGUGACCCUUUCAGGAAACAUGAGAUGCAUUGCAGGUUCAAACAGAAACCGCCUUUGCCAUGGGCUGCAAUAUAUACUUCAAGUGGCAUUCUUGUUAUUGCUCUCCUUGUUGGACAUAUUUUCUAUGCCACCGUGAAUCGAAUUGCAAAAGUAGAAGAUGAUUACCAUGAAAUGAUGGAGCUUAAAAAACGUGCGGAGGCAGCCGAUGUUGCAAAAUCCCAGUUUCUUGCCACUGUUUCCCAUGAAAUCAGAACACCAAUGAAUGGUGUUUUAGGGAUGAUGCAUAUGCUUAUGGACACAGAUUUGGAUGUAACUCAACAGGAAUAUGUCAGAACAGCACAGGAAAGUGGAAAAGCUCUAGUGUCACUUAUAAAUGAGGUUUUGGAUCAGGCAAAGAUUGAAUUUGGUAAGCUAGAGCUUGAGGCAGUGCUUUUUGACAUACGUUCGAUUUUGGAUGAUGUAUUGUCACUAUUUUCUGAUAAGUCCCAGGGAAAAGGAGUCGAGUUGGCAGCUUAUGUGUCAGAUCAAGUUCCUAAACUGCUAAUAGGUGAUCCUGGAAGGUUUCGGCAAAUAAUUACUAAUCUCAUGGGCAACUCAAUUAAGUUCACAGACAAAGGACACAUUUUUGUGACUAUCCAUCUUGUUGAGGAGAUUGUUCAUUCUAUAGAGGUUGACAAUGAAUCAAAUCCAGAAAAUACAUUGAGCGGUUUCCCUGUUGUGAAAAGUUGCCUGAGUUGGAAAGGAUUCAAGGCUUUCAGUCAAGAGGGACCACUUGGUUCUUUCUCUUCCACCUCUAGUGAUCUCAUCAAUUUGAUUGUAUCUGUUGAAGAUACAGGUGACGGUAUUCCUAGAGAAUCUCAACCUCUCAUCUUCACUCCAUUCAUGCAAGUAGGUUCGUCGAUCUCCCGAAAACAUGGAGGAACUGGUAUUGGACUAAGCAUUAGCAAGUGUUUGGUUGGCCUCAUGAAUGGUGAAAUUGGAUUUGCAAGUGAACCAAAAACUGGUUCCACUUUCACUUUUACUGCUGUCUUUGCCAAUGGGCUCCUCAGUUCCAAUGAGUGUAAAAUACCGCAAAUCAACGACCAAUCUAAACCUGCAUCUUCAGAAUUUGAGGGUAUGAAUGCAUUGGUUAUUGAUCCAAGACCUAUUAGAGCAAAAGUGUCUCAAUAUCACAUCCAACGUCUUGGCAUUCACGUUGAAAAGGUUUCAGAUUUGAACCAAGGUUUGUCAACCAUAAACAAAGGGAAUGCAGUUAUCAACAUGGUAUUGAUUGAGCAGGAAGUUUGGUAUAGAGAUUCAAGCAUGUCAUCUCAUUUUUUCGAUAGCACAAGGAAAGUCAACCACGGUUUUCCUCCAAAGUUAUUCAUUCUUGUUAAUUCUAGUAACUCUUCUAAAACUAGCAGUGUAAUGUCAGAUGUUGAUAAUCCUACUAUCAUUACAAAACCACUCAGGGCAAGCAUGCUUGCUGCGUCACUACAGCGAGAGAUGAAUGUUAGGAACAAGAGAACUUUAAACAGGGACCUUCAAAAUUUGUCUCUUAGCCAUCUUCUUGUUGGGAGGAAAAUUCUAAUUGUUGAUGAUAAUGGCGUGAAUCGGGCAGUAGCAGCUGGUGCUUUGAAAAAGUACGGAGCAGAUGUGGUUUGUGUUAGUAGUGGAAAAGAUGCUAUCUCUUCGCUGAAGCCCCCUCAUCAGUUCGACGCCUGUUUCAUGGAUAUUCAAAUGCCAGAAAUGGAUGGUUUUGAAGCUACAGGUAGAAUCAGAGAGAUGGAACAGAAUGUAAACAGGGAAGCAUCUAUAAACUGGCAUGUGCCGAUUUUAGCGAUGACAGCGGAUGUAAUUCAGGCUACACAUGAGAAAUGCCUAAGGUGUGGAAUGGAUGGAUAUGUUUCAAAACCAUUUGAAGCCGAACAACUUUAUCGGGAAGUUUCUCGGUUUUUCCUGUCAUCUUGAAAAGAAGCAGAAAAGUUUUGGUAUUUCUGCAAAGAAUGUUAUCUAUCUCAUCAUCACACGAAAGGGAGGAAAUGUUGAACUGGUUCAUCAUUUUAAUUUUUGUGCUGUUUAUGAAAGAUCCCUGAUUUAGAAUAUUGUUUUUGUGAUAGGGAGUGUGCAUAGUAGGAUCCAAGUUGUAGUUGGUUGUAAAGAGCAUCAAAACCCAUUGAUUCUUCCAUGUAAAGUCAGUCUCUAAUUUGUCUAUGUUACAUGUAAAGUUGUGUAGUUUAGGCAUGUAAUAGUUAUUUAUGGGUAUGUAUUAGGUUGAUUGAAGUGAAAUAAAGGAGAGUAGGUUCUUGGAAACAAAGGUACCAUCAAACAUGUAUAUAUGACUCAAUAAAAGUAAGUACUACAUUAGUUUCACUUCCUUGUGUUCUUAAAAGUGCCGGAAUUUGGCUUUCAAAUAUUGUAACUGAUAUGUACAUAAAUAAAUUAUACUA